AUGGAGUUCUGGCUAAUCCCCAUAGGAAAACCACUGCUUUCUACAGACGAGGACGAGGACGAGGACGACACUAUUACAAACGGCAGUGGAAGCAUGGAGCACGACGUUGAAGCCCAACGGAGCAGAGCAUACCACACAUUCCGCGACUCCUCACCAUCAUCCUCGAACUACGAUGUUGAAAGCACGGGGAGCAGCAACACACGGUCACGCAUCGACCCGCGCAUCGUCUCGGAUGCCAUUCUCGGCCUGUCAGAUGGCCUCACUGUUCCCUUUGCCCUGAGUGCCGGUCUCUCAGCGCUAGGAGAUACAAAGGUCGUCGUGCUGGGUGGGCUGGCGGAGCUAGCUGCGGGCGCAAUCUCCAUGGGUUUGGGAGGAUACGUCGGGGCAAAGAGCGAAGCAGAAUCCUACCAGACUACGGUCCGCGAAACUACCGAACUCAUUGAUUCGUCCCCCUCCGAGACCCAAGCAAUAGUCUACGACAUAUUCGCCUCGCAUGGCGUUCCUGACGACGCAAUCGCGCCCAUCAACGCUUCCCUGCAUGCAUCGCGCGACCGCCUCCGCGAAUUCCUCAUCACCUUCCACCACAAAGAGUCUGAGCCGGACUGUAACCAGGCCUGGACGAGCGCGAUCACCCUCGCCCUGGGCUACUUCAUCGGCGGAUUCAUUCCGCUGAUUCCGUACUUCUUUCUCAACCAGGUGCUUAUUGCGUUGUAUUGUAGCGUUGCGGUCAUGGCGAUUACGUUGCUGGUUUUUGGGUAUAUCAAGACCGCGGUUGUGCGUGGGUGGAGUGGGAAGGACAAUAUCCUUGCUGGGGUCAAAGGUGGCAUUCAGAUGGUCGUUGUUGGGGCCUUUGCUGCGGGCGCGGCGAUUGGUUUGGUGAGGUUGAUUAAUGGGGAGUCAUGA